AUAAAAGGAAAGUUUAUUUUGGUGUAAGCCGAGACCAUACUUCAUUUGAUUUUUUUUUCGUUUUCAGCCCUUCUUUCUUUCUUUUUCUUAUCAACAAUGUCUGAAGACGAUUACGACUAUUUAUUCAAAAUUGUCAUUAUUGGUGACUCAAGUGUAGGAAAGUCCAAUCUCUUGUCGCGUUUCACUAAUGAUGAGUUCAAUCUCGAAUCCAAGAGCACCAUUGGUGUUGAAUUCGCUACCAAGAACAUUCAAAUCGGCGAACAUACCAUUAAGGCACAAAUCUGGGAUACAAGUGGACAAGAGCGUUAUCGAGCCAUUACAGGCGCCUAUUAUCGCGGAGCAGUCGGUGCUCUUUUAGUGUAUGAUAUUACUCGUCAAUCCUCUUUUCAAAAUGUUGAUCAUUGGUUGAAAGAAUUACGUGACCACUCUGAUGAAAAGAUCUCGCUUAUGUUGGUGGGUAACAAACUCGAUUUGGCAGAGACAUCCCGUGCUGUAGCCACAGAAGAAGCAACACAAUAUGCAGAGGAUUCUGAAAUGAUGUUUUUUGAGACCAGUGCUUUGGAUGCUACUAAUGUUGAUGCUGCUUUCAAAACAGUAUUUGAACGCAUUUAUGAAAACAUGCCUAAAUCCGUCGCUAAAUCAGAUAACAACAAUGUAAAUAUUACUGGUCAAAAUACUAUCAAGCUUACACCACCUACCAGUGCUAACACAACAGCACCUACUGAAGCAACUGCUCGAGGUGUAGAAGAAAAGCCUACCAGUGGUGGUGGUUGUUGUUAAUUAUUGUUAUUUUUUUUUAUUAUUAAUUUGAUUCCAUAAAGUGAUAAAGACGUCAAAAAAGAAAGAAAGAAAAGAGA